AUGAUGCGCCCACGUCUUUCAGUCUGCGGCCGCUGCUUAGCGCACGGCAACUUUUCGACAGCAGGAGCACAGGCUGAACCUCGACAAAAUGCAACCGUCCCGCCUCAAACCGGCUACGCCCGCCUCACGAAUCGCGGUCUUAUCUCCAUAACCGGCACGGAUAGCGCAACUUUUCUCCAAGGCCUCAUUACCCAGAACAUGCUAGUCGCCAAUGACCCUAGCAAAAGUAUUCGGCGAACAGGCACAUACACGGCUUUCCUCAAUUCUCAGGGCCGCGUAUUGAACGACGCCUUCAUCUACCCGCUCCCUCACCCCGAUGGAAAUGAUCUUGAGCGAGAAUGGCUGGUGGAGGUGGACAGGAAUGAGGUGCCGACCUUAUUGAAACAUCUCAAGAAACACAAACUGCGCGCGAAGCUGAAGCUCCGGGCUCUCGAAGAUGGUGAGCGCACCAUCUGGUCUUCAUGGAAGAACCACACCGAACCCCGCUGGGCUGCAUACAAUCUGGAAACCGAUACAGCGUCCCCAUUUUCCACUUCGUCGAAUAUUGUUGGGUGUGCUGAUUCCCGAGCCCCGGGCUUCGGAUCUCGCAUUAUUACACCCGGCGCGGAGGGCUUGCGCAAUCAUCUACCCGAUGAAUCUCAAGUGGCCGGAUCAGAGGUUGAAUUAGACUCAUACACCGUGCGGAGAUUCCUCCAUGGUGUAGCAGAGGGUCAAAUAGAGAUCAUCCGUGAGUCUGCGCUGCCAAUGGAGUGCAACAUGGAUAUGGCGCGGGGCAUCGAUUUCCGCAAGGGUUGCUACGUCGGCCAAGAGCUGACAAUCCGCACGCACCAUACCGGCGUAGUCCGGAAGCGAAUCUUGCCUGUACAGCUCUACAGUGAUGUGCCAAGUACUGAGAGCAAUCCUGUAUAUGACCCUUCAGCCAAGCUGCCUUUACCACUCAGCGGGUCAAACAUCAACAAAGCUGGAGGUCGUCGUGGUCGUAGUGCCGGCAAAUUCCUCAAUGGUAUUGGGAACAUUGGUCUGGCACAAUGCCGCUUGGAAAUGAUGACCGAUAUUGCGCUCACCGGCGAAGGCACUCAGUUCUCACCCGAAACCGAAUUCAAGGUCUCAUGGACGACGGAGGGCGAACAGCCGGCGGAAGUCAAGUUGCAGGCUUUCCUUCCGUCUUGGAUGAGAGAGUUCAUUGCCACUGGUGGAGCUCGCAAGCCUACUCCGCAGGCCACUGAUGGUGUGCGGGCGCGCGGGUUUGUUGAGCAAUUAGAAGAAGAAGAAGAGGCGCAUCGACGAGAGUAG